AAUUUUUACCCUUUUCGCAGAGUAAAAAAAAACAAAAUCUACUAGAAUCCAGAAUUCUAGAUCUAAAAUUACUCUACUUGAAUAGUAAAACCUUACUAUAGAUAUCAAAUAUAGAUUCUUAUUAAAUGGCAUCUGCAGUGGCUAAGCUAGCAGGAAAAGUUGCGAUAGUAACAGCUUCAACUGAAGGAAUUGGUUUUGCUAUUGCUCGAAGGCUUGGUCAGGAUGGUGCCAAGGUCAUGAUUAGCAGCCGUAAACAACAAAAUGUUGAAAAGGCUCUUGCUGCUCUGAGAAAAGAAAACCUUAAUGUGGAAGGAAUGGUGUGUCAUGUAGGAAAGAAGGAAGAUCGUCAGCGUUUGUUUAAAGAAACUGUUUCCAAGUAUGGUGGCAUUGAUAUUCUUGUAUCAAAUGCUGCUGUUAGCACCUAUUUUGGACCCACUUUGCUGACACCAGAAGAAUCAUUUGACAAGAUGUUUGACAUCAAUGUGAAGUCCUCUUUUAUGCUGUGUCAAGAAGCUGUGCCUGAAAUGGUGAAAAGAGGAUCUGGAUCAAUAGUCCUAAUUACAUCAAUAGCUGGUUAUGUCCCUUUUGAGCUGAUUGGUGUGUAUAGUAUAACAAAGACAGCACUACUUGGUAUUGUUAAAGCCUUAUCUCCAGAACUGGCUAAACAGAACAUCAGAAUAAAUGGCUUGGCUCCAGGCAUUAUCAAAACAAAGUUCAGUAGUGCUCUAACAAGUAACGAAAGUGCAAAAAUGCAGGCAGAAAUCAAUAUUCCAAUGGGCAGACUUGGUGAACCUGAGGACUGUUCAGGUGCUGUUUCCUUUCUAGUUUCUGAUGAUUCCAAAUUUAUGACAGGGGAGACCAUUGUAGUGGCUGGAGGAGCAACUUCUAGACUAUAAUUAUAAUAUUGUCCCUUUGUUGAUCCAUCAUUCAAAAUGGUUGUACACAAUGCUUACAAAUAUAUUUUAUUUUUUGUUAUCAAAAUAUCUAAAUUUAAAAAUUGUUGAUUAUACAGAUAGAAUUUACCUUUAUAACUUUGAACAAUCACACAAAAUUCUCUGGUUAAUUUUCUUUUAGAUAUAUUUGUUCAUUAUUUAUUAAUGUAAACUAUUGCAAACUAGUGAAGUUAAUUUUCAUUUACAAAGGGUGAAAACCUGUGACAUGCUAUGCAAGAUUUUAACUUAACAAUUGUGUAACAAAUUGUGAAAUCUUAAAAAAUCAUUUCUGCCUUUGUCUGGCUAUCGGCUGUCCUCAAAUAGCUUUUAAAAUUCAAAAGAAAGGACUAUUGAAAAGGUUUUCACUGCUACGUUACAGAACAGUGGGUGCCAACAAUUAAUACACAUGAAAACAACAGUGAAGAGCCCUCCAGUCUUUGUGUCAGGUGAAGUAGAGUUCACCUAUUUCAGCAACCUCCGCUGCUUUUACUUUCCCUAAUGCAAGUCAGGUACCUAUCAGAGCUUGGUGGAUACAUGGACAUCUUAUGGAUUAAACAGGGUUACAAGAACUCCACUACUUGACCACGCAGUCCCUUAAAUACAUAGCCUAACCAAUAAUUUUUUAAAGAAAAAACAUCAGCUUUUACUGAUUUUUGUUUUAUAAACUCCAAAUAUAAAAUUUUAACAGAUUUUUAUAAUGUUCAGUCUUUUCUUACACAGAAUGUUAUUAUUCUAUUUAUGACAUGCAAGACAGACAAUGUUUGAACCCCUACUCACAGAUUAUAGAGUGAUUAAAUGAGCACAGGGAUUUUAUUUUUCAUUUUCAUGUUAAAUUAUGGGGUAACCAUCAGAAAACGAAGUUUCCCUCAAGUGGAAGCUCUUUCUGAUUGAAUGGCUGAAUAACUUGAGAACUGUUACUUUUUACACAUUAGCUCAAGUACAUGUAGUUUGAACAUUUUUUUAAAUUACAAAAUUAGUACUGCA